UAGAGGACGCAAAAAAAUUGAAAAAAAUAAAAAAAUCUUUUUUAGGGUUUCAAACCAUCCUGUCUCCCUCCAUCCCUCCCACCUCGAAUUCCGUUUAAACGGCUAUCGCUGUCGCUUCUCUUCCUUACCCUUCCUGCACCUAAUCUAUUAUCAGCAUAACGAGGCAGAGGAGAAGGUGAAGUCAAAGGAAGAGGGGCUAUUAUGGAGUUUCCAGCGCAAUAAUCGGUUUAAUGCUUCUGUUGCUGUCUCCAGCUCGUUCAUGGAUGUGGAGGUCAUCCGCGACGGCGGAGGUGGCGGUGGCGUUAAUUUUCAGCCAUGCAGCUGUUCUUGCUCCUGCCCUUACUGCGGUUCCGGAUCUCAACCUUAUUCCCUCUUUCCCAGAACCUUAAAGCGCAAGCUUGAGCAGAUGGAGGGCGAUGUUCCGGAAGACGUGGCACGCGUCGAGAUCGAGAUAGAAGCGGCUGCUCUUCGGGAGGCAGUCUCAAGCCAGCAGCAAUCCAUUCAGGGGCUCUAUUCGGAGCUCGAGGAGGAGAGGGCUGCAGCUUCUACUGCUGCAUCCGAGGCUAUGUCGAUGAUUCUUCGCCUCCAACGAGAGAAAGCAGAGGCCCAGAUGGAGGCCCGUCAGUUCAAACUUCUCGCCGAGGAGAAAAUGUCUCAUGAUCAGGAAGAAAUCGCUCUGCUUGAGGAUCUAAUUUUUAGGCGAGACCAAACUGUGCAAUCCCUGUCAUGCGAACUCCAGGCUUACCAUCACCGCCUUCUUUCCUUUGGCAUCAAUCCCGUCCCAGCUGAACCGAAUCCCCCUGCAGAUGUCCCCGCUGCAACCACCUCAACAGCCGCUGUGGGAGAUAGCAAUGCAUAUCAUUCUCUUCGCUGUGAAAUGGCAGAUUUCAGGCCAAACGCCGCUGAUCUCGAUCUCAAAUAUGUGGCCGGCGAUACGCCCCGGAGUCCCAUUCGGCGCAUGCCAAGUUUUGUAGUGGAAAAGGGUGUAAUCGGAAAAGGUCAGUCCCCGAGCUGCGCUCAGCGGCCUCAACGCCGACUUUCUAAUGACAGCUGCGGCUCACCAUCAUUCCAACAGGAGUUUGGAAGCAGUGAUUUUCCUUCCAUGACAGAUCGUGCUUCUGAUACAUGUGCUGGUGGAAAGGAUGACGUGAGCGACCGAGUGUAUACUAUUGAUGCCGUGCACUGCUUGGAUGCGAUGCGUGAUGGUGCAGAUAUGAGCACGCCGAGGGAGUUUUUGAGCAGGAGGGAUUCGGGUAAUAAAACAGUGGAUGAUGGAGAGAUUCAGAGGCUCUAUAUGAGGCUGCAGGCAUUAGAGGCGGACAGGGAGUCUAUGAGACAUGCUAUCAUGACCAUGGGAACAGAUAAGGCGCAGAGGAUUUUGCUUAAAGAGAUUGCUCAACAGUUGUGUAAGGAGGUGGUGCCAGAGACGAGGGUUGUGAAGAAGCCUUGCUUUGUAAGGAGUUUCUCUGUAAUGUCUGUUUUUAAGUGGGUGGCAUCAUUUUUCUUUUGGAGGAAGAACUCACAAAGGAUAAAGUACCCAAUGGGCUUAUCAAAUCAGCAGAUCGGCUUAUUGGUCAUUCUUGACAAGUCCCAACGCAGGAGGCUGAAGUGGUGUCUGACUAGAGUGCCGAUGUGAUUAUAUAAGUAC